AUGCCGGUUCCCACGGAAUUUGAAAUCGGUCAUCGCGACCAGGUGAACGUGAUUAAAUUCAAUUUCUACGGUAAUCGCAUUCUCACGGCUUCCUCCGAUCAUCGCGUCAAGGUUUGGGACCAGAACGAAGCCGGCUGGGAGCUAAUAGAUACAUGGCGCGCCCAUGAUGCUGAAAUUUACGAUGCAGCAUGGAACGGUCCGUUUACCGGCCAGCAUAUCGGCACUGUAGGCAAUGACAUGAAGUUCAAGCUCUGGCAGGAAGAUCUUACGCAGCCUCCCAACUCUGGACGCCGUUUUCGCAGCAUUUUUCGAUUGACCUCUCCCGUUCGCACCCCCUAUGUUUCCCUCGAUUUCCGUAACAUCGACCUUGACUCGUGGCUUGCGGUCAUCACCCGGGAUGGUCUUCUUACAGUUCUUGAGCCGGUCGGAGGCGACACCUUGGCCGAAUGGCAACAAAUUGACCAGUUCCGAGUUUGCGCAGAACCUCAACGUGGCGAGGAGACCAGCUUCAAGGUCCAAUUCCAUCAUGAUCCGUUCGAUAUGACACAUCUUGUUAUGCCGUCGUGGGACAGCAAAAGCCUCUCUCUGGUAGUUGCAGCAAUGGAUACUGUGAAAGUCUAUAGGAUGGGCGCCGAUCGGCAGUUCUACCAUGCUAUUGAACUUACGGGGCAUCCCUCUCUCGUGCGCGAUGUCUCUUGGGCUCGCGGUUCCGUACGCGGGUAUGAUUUAAUUGCGAGCGGUUCUAAAGAUGGCACCAUCAAAAUCUUCGAGGUUUAUACAUCUACGGCAAGCAAUAAUGUUGCAAACGGGGCUAGUGAAGGUGCAAGUUCGACCAACUCUCAGAGGGCAUCGCCAAUGCGCCCCGCAACUCAAUCUGGAAUCGGGUCUGCCCUUGCGAGUCGAACCACUGCGCCCAUUGCGGAUAAGCAAAGAAGCGGGAGAAGCGCCUUCGAGCAUACAUUUAAAGAAGUGGGAUCUAUCGAUAGCAAGCACGCAUGUGUGUGGCAGGUUCAGUUUUCUCAUGCAGGUAUUCAGCCCUUAUCCCACAAUACCAAGACUGAGCGGUCAAAAAUUGAUAAGAUGCUGUAG